AUGGAGUGUGUUAAAGUUUUUUUAUCUUUUUUGGAUUUAUUUAAAAAUGAAAAAAAUGAAGAAGAUCAAUGGAUUUUUAAAUAUGGUGAUAUGGUUGUAAAUUCAAUUUUAGUUCAAGGUUAUGUUUCAUCAGUAUCGGUCCAAAACGACACCAUUUGCAUUGAUGAUGGUACCUCUGCUAUGUCACUAAGUAAAGACAGCCUUCCAGAACAAAUUUCAUUUAAUGUAGGUGACUAUCUCCUACUUCGAGUAUCUCUUGAAAAAGACGAGAACAACCACUUUACAGCAUCUAUAGUCCAUUCAAUAAACUUUUCAAAUAAACCAAAUAGGGAAGCGUUGUGGGUUUAUGAGGUAUUUCAUGCUCAUUAUAAAAUUUACAAAAAACUAACAAAUUUAAAUAUGGAUACAGUUUUAAAAGAUGUAAAAGAUAAUAAAAUGAAAAUCAUAGAACCAGAUACCAACUAUAUCGAAAUUACAGAUGACUCAAUAACAGUCGAAAAUAUUAAAAAAGAAGAUAUCGAUCAUGACCAAAAUAUAAUAGAUACCAACGAACUUAAUGACCAAAUAUUCGAAGAAGAGGGGGAGCAUUUUAUUAUUGACGACGACGAUCUUGAUAUAGAGUAUGAAAUAUUACAAGAAGACGAAAAUUUAAAGAAAAACACCACCACCACCACCACAGCCACCACCACAGCCAUUUCCUUAGAUGACGACGAUGACGGUGCAUAUGUGGAUCUAAAUGAAACCAGUAGGUAUGAAGAACUCACAUUCGAACUCAACGAUGACGACUACCAUACAAUUCACAACAACAACAACAACAACAACGACGAUGACCAAGGACCCAAAGACAAAGAUUUAAUUCAAGAUGACUAUGGAGAUAGUAGUGGCGAAGAUUCAUGGAACUAA